CUUUCCUCCUCACCCCUCAAAACGAAUCGAACCGUCGUAGGAUCUGUGUCGUUCAGAGAUCCGCAAAUUUUGAAAUCGCGAAUUUAUAGUUUUUCUGCAAUCGUAGUACUUCGAUUAAAGUGUUAAUUAAUAACAAAUGGUUGUGUUAGAAGGUGGCGGAAUGUUGUCUUCUUCUGGGAAUCAGUACCUCCAACCGGAUUACCUUUCUCCAUUGCCAACCACGUUGGAUGCGAAAAAGAGUCCAUUGGCUUUACUUGCCCAAACAUGCAGUCAAAUAGGAGCCGAUUCUCCAUCAUCAAAACCCCUGAUUUCUUCCGUCGAUAAACCGAAGAAGUCCACCGAAAACACCCGAUCAUCCCCAGCAGCUGCCAGGGAAAAGAACUCGCAGAGAUCAACACCUCCCGAAACCAAACUUGGCUUCAAACCCUACGAAUCCGGCAACAUCUCCAGAAAAUCCGAAGAACGUCCAUCCUCCAAAUCCGGCAGUCUAAACGAAGAAAAAAUCGAGUCCAAAUCACCGGAACGCAAGUCUUCAGUGUCACCGUCCAGCAGUAGCACUUCUGCCACUCCAGUACCAGAAACCGGAAAGAUCUCUCCUUCCGGUGCUUCCGCUGAAAAAUCUUCGAGUCCUCACGCGAGUGGUGCAAGUCCGAUCAUCCGCUCCGGUCUUGAGAUCUUGCAAGGACACAAAGACACUUCCCUGAGUGGUUUCAAGCCAACCUUAUCAUCUGGACUAAGUGGCGGUUUGAACGGACAUUUGAGUUCUUUGUGUUGUCCCCCUGGUCUUGAGCAUACCAACCCUGCCUUCCGGCCUCCGUUCUCUGGUGCUUCUUACUCCCACCACGCGGCUAUGUUGGCAGCUGGUUAUGGUUCGCCUGGACCUUACAUGAGUUACGCUCGUGUCAAAACACCUACUGGUGGAGAGGCUUUAGUACCAGUGUGCAGAGAUCCUUUGUGCACAGGGUGCUCGUUGAACAUGCACAACAACCAGUACCUUAUGGGUGGAGGAGCUGGAGGCCCUUGCCCAAGCGGAUGCACGCAGUGUGACCACCAAAAGUACAACCUAGCAGUUGCCAUGUCUUUGGUACCACCUGGAUCAGUGCCAUCAUCUCUAGCUUACUCCCAGUUAGGACGACCAUACAUUUGUAAUUGGAUUGCUGGUGAUAACUAUUGCGGGAAAAGGUUUGUUACCUCUGAAGAACUCCUACAACAUCUUAGGACACACACGAGUGGUUCAGAUGGUAUCCCAGUGACAUCAACAGCUUCUUCACUUUUGAAUCCACAUCUUUUCUCAUCGGCGGCUUUGCAUAGAUCUGGUUAUCCAAACCCACCUUUGAGUCCUCUGUCUUCGGCAAGGUUUCAUCCUUAUGGCAAACCAGCCCUUCCGACCAGUUUGGGAGGUUCUCCCUUCAGUGCUUUUAACCCCACGAGUUUGGGACCUUACUAUUCACCCUACGCGAUGUACGGCCAACGUUUGGGUGCUGCAGCAGUCCAUCCAUAGUAAUCCAAGAAGCAAGUCUUGAUUCUCGAGACUGCCGACUCUAAAAGUACUACUGUGAUAAAAUGUAUAUAGUCAUGAAGGAUCUUGGAAGAGGUCUCAAGUGCAAUCCAGAGAGAAAUUUAAAAAUUAACUGUAUAUAGAUUUUAUUUUAUCGAUUUAUGGUUAAUUUCCGUUAAAUUAUUGUUUCAUAUCGAUUACUUAAAUGUUAAGUUACUCAUAUUUGUAUAGACCUGUAAGUAUUAAUGUUGAUUUUAAUGAUGCUUUAAUAAAACGUUUGUAGAGUUACAUUAAA